AUGUUCGAGGAUCAGAGCGAGGCUUUUUUGGACUGCGGGUCGGAAGUCGAGCGGUUCUUUGCGCUGGACCAAAACAAGCUCCUGGUGGAGUUCUCUGGCGACCACCGUCUUCUAAUCAUCUCCACCAAGGACGACUGGGAGACUCUUGAACAGCACAGAGAGCCCAUCUCUAAGCUGAAGGGCUAUCUCAAGGUCAGGUACCCCCAUGACAAAACGCUGUUUUCGACUUUCAGAAACGCUGGCAACAAGGAUGUGACUAUUGUCUGCGAGGAUGGUGUGGAGGUGCCUGUUCACUCGAUCGUGGUGACUCCUCAGUGGCCCCAUUUUGCCAGGACCGUAAAUCAGUCCAUCGAUAACACCUAUCACUUUACAAAGCUGCUUCGGCCUUCCAAGUGGGUCAUGGCCAUGGUUUCCUUCUUCUACAACGAGAGAAUCCCCAUGGAUCUCGAUACUGCCUGUAGAGUUCUUAUUUUGGCCCUAUCCUACGAUAUCCCGCAUCUGGGCCCUGCUCGACGUGCUAGCAGGCGUUUGUGGAGUUCACUAUGA